AGAAAAACAAGAUGACCGCUUAUAUACUAUAUACUGUCUAUGGAUGACCGUCCCUGAAAUAGGAAAUAGUCAAAACGCCCCCUAAACUUCUGGCACUGCGUUGUUAGUAUUAGCACUACUGUAAUUAUAUACAUCCAUGCUAUCAUUCCACUAAAAUUAGCUGUGGGAAAUAACCAUGGAAGGUAAGUUAAAGAAAGAGUUGGGAACAGCCAUGCUGAAGUCAACCGGUCACUCAGGUGGUGGAUGUAUCAGCGAGGGCCAGAGUUAUGAUACCGACACUGGGAGAGUGUUUGUGAAGAUAAAUCACAAGAGCGAGGCCAAAUUGAUGUUUGAUGGUGAGAUGGCCAGUUUGGAAGCCAUUUUAAAGACAGAAACUGUUAAAGUCCCCAAGCCUGUGAAGGUGGUUGAGCUUGACACAGGAGGAUGUGUAUUUGUAAUGGAACAUCUGGACAUGAGAGGUCUUACAAAGUACUCAAAGCACCUAGGAGAACAGCUGGCAGAUCUGCAUGUUCACAACAAGAGACAGUUGGACACAUUUAAUAAAGAGCACCAGACAGUGGGAAAAGGAGCUGGACAGUCGGAGUUGGCUGUUGUUGAAAAAUUUGGCUUCAGGGUACCUACAUGCUGUGGAUAUCUACCACAGGAAAAUGAGUGGCAGGAUGACUGGGUGACAUUUUACUCCCAGCAGAGGCUGCAGCACCAGCUUAACAUGGUGGAGAAAUCUUAUGGAGACAGGGAAGCUAUAGAAUUAUGGGCCCAGCUACAGCUGAAGAUCCCUCAGUUUUUCAAAGAUGUAGAGAUUGUCCCUGCUCUCCUCCAUGGAGACCUAUGGGGAGGCAACGUAGCACAGUGUGCGAUGGGCCCAGUCAUCUUUGACCCAGCCUCCUUCUAUGGCCAUUCAGAGUAUGAGCUGGGUAUUGCAGGGAUGUUUGGUGGCUUCAACAGCUCUUUUUACUCUGCUUACCAUGACAAGAUUCCUCAAGCACCAGGCUUUGCAAAGAGAAACCAGCUUUACCAACUCUUCCACUAUCUGAAUCACUGGAACCACUUUGGUGGUGGCUACAGGGGCUCUUCAAUAAGUAUUAUGAAGAACCUACUGAAAUAAUUGCACUCACAUUUACUUGUAGAAAGCUUAACAGUCUUAAACUAAAACCAAAAUAUAUGUAUAUAUUGACAGAUGUUAAUUGACCAAAAUAAUAUGGCUAAUUGUUGAAGAGACUAAACAUAAUACUAUAACAUUGUAAUGUAUGUUAUAUUGUGUAGACAAUACAGAAUCAACAUAAGAAAAUAUUUCUACCCUGUCUGCUCUACCUACACCAACCUGCUUCCAAAAUCCACAUCUUUCAGUUACUAUCUGAAAUUCUGUGU